GUUCUCUCGGCGUGAAUGUGCCGCGUCCGUGUGCGAUCGUUUCUCUUUCGGUCCAGUAACCCUAGUUUCCCCUUUCAAUCCAGCGGUGAACACGCCGUCCAGACUGAGGAUGAGGUCGGCGGCUGGAGAUGAUCCCGAUUCAGGGGGGACGAGUACUCCGGCGUCGCCGAUCGGGGAGGCAGGGGAGAAGACUGGGCCUACAGAGGCGGCGCAGUCAGUCGGAGACUCUCGAGGCAAACGGCGGAGGGUGGACGGCGUCAGUGCGGCGGAGGGCGGUAAAAGGAUGCUGGCGGCGGAGGAAGUCGCCUUGGAGGGCGUCAGUGUGGGGAAGAAGAGGGCGGCGGGAGGCGGUGAAAGGAUUCUGACCGCGGAGGAAGCCGCCUUGGCUGCCCGGCCGCUCCCUCCCAAAGAGAUUCCUUACCCCAAAUCUGGUACACACAGUGAAGUGGUGGCUUGGAUGAAUGCGAUGGACGCGCUGCAUAACAACACUGACCUCGGAGACGAAGAUUCUCUUUGUAACAUUCUGGCCCGUGGGAGAGGAAGGGUCAGGGUCACUAAAUCCGUGGGAUCUGCACCAAGCAUGGAUGGUAGAGACAUGAUCACGAACGUGGCCCGCUCCAUUGUGAAUGUAUCAGCCACUGAACCUGAUGGAUCUGUUUUAUAUACCACCGGCACCAUCAUUGAGUACGAUGAGGUUGGUAAGUGCGCUAAGAUCUUGUCUUCGGCUAGCAUCAUGUGCACCAAGGAGGGCAAGCUGCGGAACCCAAAUCAAAAGGUAUCAGUUCACCUAUCAAAUGAUACUGUUGUGGAGGCACGUGUGAUAUUCUUCAACGGCCACUAUGGAAUUUCUCUUCUGGAUAUCAGUACAGGGUUUACUCUGGUGCCAGCUUCUUUGGGAUCUAGACCGUGUUAUGGAGAGAAUAUCGUUGUCUUGGAUAGAGAAGUAAACUAUGCACUGGUUGUCAGCCAUGGCUCGAUACAGUGUUUAGAGUAUCCUUUCUUCGAGAGGAAUCAUCAUAUGUUCGCCAGCUAUUAUAGCCACUUGAUUUGCACAGGUGGGCCAGUAAUUAACAACAAUGGUGAGGUCAUCGGUCUGGUUGUCAAACAUAUCCCGCAAGCCGCUAUUGUAUCGACAUCUAUAGUGAGAAAGUGUAUUGACAUGUGGAAUCAAUUUGGCCGGAUCGCACAUCCAAUUCAUCACCUUGAGUUGACGACCGUGCGAAUGCUGGAUAUGGUUUAUCGAGAUGAGCUUUGGGCCCGCCACAGUAUCAGGAGUGGUCUUAUUGUAGCUGAGGUGUGUCCUAACUCUACUUCUGAGAAGAUUGGCAUUCGAAGAGGAGACGUGAUUGAAUUGAUUGACAUGGAUCAUCUUUCUACUGUAGUUGAGCUUGAAGAGUUUCUUCUUAGUCUUGCUUGGGACUUUUUGGAGGAAAAACUUGAUUCGUCCUCGACGAUAGAUAUUAAGAUACGAGUUCAUGACAUUCGUGCAAAAACAAGUGUGUGCACUAUUCUUCCCAUAGGAUUCUGUGAUGCUGCAGUGCGCUCAUACUGUUAACCAGAUGAUUGGCCCAAUAGCUCUCUCAAGUUCAUGACGUAGUGCGUUGAGUGUAUUGACGAUCUUAAUCAUGGCAAAGACUAGCUUCUUCCUGACUCCAUGAUGGUCUUGUUGUGAACAUCGUCUCAAGAUAUAGUACUAGGCAGUAAGACAUAGUAGUAUGGGUACUAAGAUAUAUAGUAGUAAGGCAGGACGGGUGUCACUGUCUGUGCUCAGAAUUAAAUUUUGCACUAUGCAUAAAAUUUUCUCUUGCUGCUAACUUAGACGAGUCCUUGUGAUGAAUGCAGGCAGGACCAGUGUCACCGUCUCU